UAUAGAAAUGCAAAGUGGCAGGGAAAUGGAGUGCAUCCAAGAAAGGACCCGAGUCCACUCCUCGUCGUAGAACAGUUCAGCACCCACAAAUUGUACGCGGAGAGAGAAAGAGAUCGAGACCCAAUACGCAUCAGAAACCAAAAAACGAUUGGGUCGCCUCUGAAUAUGUCGCCGGCUACUUGCUAACCAACCAGGGCCAAGGCACUCUCCCUGUCUCUCUCUUUCCAAUCCCGAUUUCUAACAGUCCGGCUCCUGCGAUUAUAUACACGUAAUUUAUAUUUCGGUUUGUUGCAGAGAGAGUGAGAGAGAGGCAGAGUGAUUGAUUUUUUGUGGUUGUUUGAGGUUGGUGAUAAAUCGAUGGCUGCACCACCAGCAAGGGCUCGUGCCGAUUACGAUUACCUCAUCAAGCUUCUCCUUAUUGGCGACAGUGGUGUGGGCAAGAGUUGUUUGCUUUUGCGCUUUUCUGAUGGUUCCUUCACAACCAGUUUUAUUACCACCAUUGGCAUUGAUUUUAAGAUAAGAACCAUUGAGCUUGAUGGUAAACGAAUUAAAUUGCAAAUCUGGGACACAGCUGGUCAGGAGCGGUUUCGAACUAUCACUACAGCUUACUACCGAGGAGCCAUGGGUAUUUUGCUGGUGUAUGAUGUUACUGAUGAGUCAUCUUUCAACAAUAUUAGGAACUGGAUUCGCAACAUUGAGCAACAUGCAUCUGACAAUGUUAACAAGAUCCUGGUGGGGAACAAGGCUGACAUGGAUGAAAGCAAAAGGGCUGUGCCUACCUCUAAGGGUCAAGCUCUUGCUGAUGAGUAUGGCAUCAAGUUCUUUGAAACUAGUGCAAAGACAAAUAUGAAUGUGGAGGAGGUCUUCUUUUCAAUAGGGAGGGAUAUUAAGAAAAGGCUUUCAGAAACUGAUUCCAGGGUUGAGCCUCCAACGCUCAAGAUUAACAAACCAGACCAGACAGACAGUGGUGGUCAAGUUGCACAAAAGGCAGCUUGCUGUGGCUCGUAAAUGGAGAGCGUGGGAAUGUUCUCAUAGUGGCACUCAUUUGGGUGAAUAAGCAAUUCUGAUGACUUUGUGCAGGGUGCAUGUAUUGUCCCUUUGUUGCUUUUCUAUAGUUCCAGCCUUAGUGUGUUAAAGUCAGUAUUUUUUUUUCAGUGAAGUGGAAUUGAUAUUAUGCCAUUCUGUCUUUCUUUCCUUUUUCA